AUGUUGAGACACACGGUCAAGAGACAAUUCAAUCUUUUUUCCAGAGCAAAACCCGUCCGGGAAGCGUUUCUAUGCGCUCAUAACGGAGUGUCUGCUGCUGUGCGCAUCAGUACGAUGAACAGGUCAAAUGUACUCAAUUACUCAACCAAGAUCCCACCAAGACUUACUGCUGAGUCUUACCCUAACUUGCAGCGGCUGUCUGAGUUUAAAAAACUAUCUUCUGAUGAUUUGACGUUUUUUAAGUCCAUCCUGUCAGACAGCGAAAUCUUGCAGGCUACUGCAGAUGAAGAUUUGGCGGUGUUCAAUGAGGAUUGGAUGCGUAAAUACAAGGGUCAGUCGAAGCUGGUGCUAAGACCAAAGACUGUCAAUCAAAUUUCGCAGAUUUUGAAGUACUGUAACGAUAACAGACUCGCCGUUGUCCCUCAAGGUGGUAACACGGGUCUGGUGGGCGGAUCGAUACCAGUUUUUGACGAAAUAGUUCUGAGUCUCACCCAACUCAACAAGAUCCGCAGUUUUGAUUCUGUGAGUGGUAUUUUGAAGUGCGACGCCGGUGUGAUUUUGGAAAAUGCCGACUCUUUCUUGGCAGAAAACGGUUAUAUUUUCCCAAUGGAUCUGGGAGCAAAGGGUUCGUGUCAUGUUGGCGGUAUCGUCGCCACCAAUGCUGGUGGCUUGAGACUGUUGCGUUACGGAUCGUUGCACGGCACUGUUUUGGGUCUUGAGGUUGUUUUGCCAGAUGGUAAGAUUUUAAACUCCAUGGACGCUCUACGAAAGGACAACACCGGUUACGACUUGAAGCAACUAUUUAUCGGGUCAGAAGGUACCAUCGGUGUUAUCACGGGUGUGUCGAUUCUGGCACCACCACGUCCAAAAGCAGUCAAUGUCGGGUUUCUCGGUGUUGGUAGUUACGAAGCGGUUCAAGAAGUUUUUGUUCAGGCCAAACAGGAGCUUUCUGAAAUCUUGUCAGCAUUCGAAUUCAUGGACCUCAAAUCUCAGACAUUGGCCAAAGAGCACUUGAAGGGUGUGAGCCACCCUCUCGAGGACGAGUAUCCAUUCUACGUCUUGAUUGAAACGUCGGGAUCUAACAAAGAGCACGAUGACGCCAAGCUAGAAGCAUUUCUGGAAAAAGCUAUGGAAAAUGGAUCCGUUCUGGACGGUGUAGUGGCACAGGACGAAACGGAACUGCGAAACUUAUGGGAAUGGAGAGAGUCCAUUCCUGAAUCGAGCCAAGCCGGUGGAGGUGUUUACAAGUAUGAUGUUUCUUUGCCACUCAAAGAGCUGUACUCUCUUGUGGAUGCUGCCAAUGAGAGAUUGAAUGAAAAGGGACUUUCGAGUACUUCCGAUCCUACCAAACCUGUCAUCAGCGCUAUCGGAUAUGGCCACGUCGGUGACGGCAAUCUUCAUCUGAACGUUGCUGUGAGAGCCUAUUCCAAAGAAGUUGAAAAAGUUUUGGAACCGUUCGUGUACGAAUUCGUCUCAUCGAAGCACGGUUCAAUCAGUGCUGAGCACGGACUUGGAUUUCAGAAGAAGAAUUACAUUGGGUACUCCAAGAAUGAGCAGGAGAUCGCUAUGAUCAAAGAGCUCAAGAAUCUCUACGAUCCAAAUGCCAUUUUGAAUCCCUACAAGUACGUAUGA